GCCCAGCAGACGCCAUGGACGCUGCUGCAGGGGAGCGAGUCUGUGCUUGACACAUGUGUUUCCCAUUGAUAGCUGGAGACAGCCCAGUAGCUCCGAGUUGGCCUGACAAAGCUUUAUUGAAGUACAGACAGAGUACGGUUUCAAAGCAGUCAGAAAAAGAACGGGAAUGCUGUUCAGGAAAUUCUUCAGGCAUGGGCAGGGACUUGGCUGCAAUUCUGCAGUUGGAAAAUCUGACUGGGGCAGCUUCUGAGCACAGGCUGGGCCUGCUCACACUCGGGCUGACGGCCGCCGCCUUCAGAGCCUGGCCGCGCGCUCUGGGAUCGUGGGCGAUCUUCAUCCGCCGCCUUGGGGAGCAGGCCAGCGAGAUGCCUCAGGAACAGUACACACACCACCGGAGCGCCAUGCCCAGCUCUGAGGGGCCACAGGUAUACAAGGUGGGCAUUUAUGGCUGGCGGAAAAGAUGCCUGUAUUUCUUUGUCCUACUCCUGAUGAUUUUAAUACUGGUGAACUUGGCCAUGACCAUCUGGAUUCUCAAAGUCAUGAACUUCACAAUUGAUGGAAUGGGGAACUUGAGAAUCACAGACAAAGGUCUAAAACUAGAAGGAGACUCUGAGUUCUUGCAACCUCUCUAUGCCAAAGAAAUCCAGUCCCGACCGGGUAAUGCCCUGUACUUCAAAUCAGCCAGAAAUGUUACAGUGAACAUUCUCAAUGACCAGACUAAAGUGCUAACUCAGCUGAUAACAGGUCCAAAAGCCGUAGAAGCUUAUGGCAAAAAGUUUGAAGUAAAGACAGUUUCUGGAAAAUUGCUCUUUUCUGCAGAUAACAAUGAAGUGGUGGUAGGAGCUGAGAGAUUAAGAGUUUUAGGAGCGGAGGGCACAGUGUUCCCUAAAUCUAUAGAGACACCUAAUGUCAGGGCAGACCCCUUCAAGGAACUAAGAGCAAAGCAUUUGCCACUUGUAUUAAGGCAUGAGAGAGGCAAACCUGUCCUAAGGAAAGGGAAACAGACCUUGCACUAUGCAGACAUGAUGAAGUGGUUGGAGUCUCCGACCCGGUCUCUGGUGAUGGAGGCCCCAAAAGGAGUCGAAAUAAAUGCAGAAGCCGGCAACAUGGAAGCCACGUGCAGAACAGAACUGAGGCUGGAGUCCAAAGAUGGAGAGAUUAAGUUAGAUGCUGCGAAAAUCAAACUACCUAGACUGCCUCACGGAUCCUACACGCCUACAGGAACGAGGCAGAAGGUCUUCGAGAUCUGCGUCUGCGCCAAUGGGAGAUUAUUCCUGUCCCAGGCAGGAACUGGUUCCACUUGUCAGAUAAACACAAGUGUCUGCCUUUGAGAGACCAUCCACAGUGGACCUUGUCGGCAGCAUAAAGGCCAUUUUUGGCUUUAGACACUGGCUGCCAGCUAUUUUUACUAGAACACAGAAAGCCUAUCAAAGACCUUGUGUGUGUGUGUGUGUGUGUGUGUGUGUGCGCGCGCGCGCGCGCGCGCGCCCGCAUGAGUGUGGGUGGCUAUAAAUAUAUAUAAAUAUAUAUAAAUAAAUAUAUAUAGCCUCUGUAUAAAAUGAGGUUUCAGUACAAAAGGAACCAUGGGUGACCCUGUGAUAUCCACCAUCAUUUCCAUUUCAACCUUACCACCUACAUGAUAAAAUCAAAACACUAAUUCAGGCCCAAUGUUCCCCAGACCCUUCAAAAUCACACAGUGUGUUGGACUCUUACUGAAUAAUCACCUACAUGUUUGAGCAGCUGCGUAUCUUCCCCUUUAGUGUCAUUACAAGGCAGUGAUGGCGGGAAUCUCCAAGUCACGCUCAAGCACCAAGACCGUUUGUAUUGCAGUAGACAUUUCAUUUCCGGUUUUGGCUUUAGUAGGACUGGCCAACUUCCCCCUCUUCAAGUUCGGGAUGGGGCAGUGCCAUAGAAGUUGGCUGCGGGAACUCAAAAUGGCUGUUCUCCCUUCGCAGCCAAAUGUACUGGGGACUUUGUAGUUGAAUGAAUGUGGAGGAUGAAUUUUAGCAAAGUUUGAACUGCCCACCCAACUCCUGCUAUUUUCCUUCAAAAUUACAUAUUAUCCCACAGUCAAAAUAGGAGUUGUAAAUCAGCACAAAGUAGAAUAACAGCUGCUCCUCAGUCGGCUGGAAGCUACUCAGUGGCCUGACAGGAAAAGAAUAAAUGGGUGGUAUGUCUCUGUUUAAAGGAAAAAAAGGUUCAAAAUCUGUUUCAGCCUCCCUUCUGACUUUAUCUAGUAGACUCCAGCCUCAAAAUCCUUAAGAGAGGAACCCCCACCCCAAGAGAAGCCAUUUGUGGAUGGAAACCUAAUUAAGAGGAGCACAGAAAACCUAAUUGACUUUUAUAUGUUUUCUUGGGAUUGAUAGGUGAUUGGGAGACUUGCCUUUUAUUUCUGAAGACAUGCACAAACUCUAGCUUCAGUAUUCUUACAUAUAUUUUUGUUGGGACAUUUAUAUUCCUAAACCCACCAUUAUGUUUUCUCCAAGAAUACUGACCCAGCAAUCACAGAUUUAAAAUACCUGCCCUUAGAAGUGGUCACUGAAAAUUAUUAUAACCUGAGUCAUGUGUCUCUCUCAGACUGUGUCUGCGCGGCCCAGCAAAACCCCUCCCCCACACAUGGAAGCAGCUCCCUAGUUCCCGCCAUCAGCUACCUCUCAUCCCUCCACCUUCAUCAUCAUGCUCCAGGGUCACCCUGGCCAGCUCUUGUGCUGGGACAGGGGAUUACACCAUCUCUGUUCAAAGAGGGAGAAAUGUGCCUAUGCCUUAAGUCAAUGCACUCAGCAAGGAGAAGCACAUCCUAUUUAUCUUGUUGUUACCUGUAGUUUAUUUUGGGCGAUUGGAGGGGGGAUGGUUUAGUCAUGAAUGGGCAUCUAAAAAGCUGGUAGACAAACCAAAUGGCUGACAGACGUGUGCUCUCAGGAGCCCAAGUGGAGUCGUAACUGGCUUAGAGGGUCCCGGAUGCCACUUGGCAAGCCCUACAUCCUAAAUGAGGUCAUAGUGGUAGGCCUUUGUUUUUUUCUUUAAUAAGGUUUUACUCUUUCUUACUUCAGAACCAGAAGUUUUGUCACAGGCAAUGAAUAAGAGGUUUGAUAUUUUUGAGAUGACACUCAAGCAUCAGGCUGAGGUUUGUAUACAAAGGAUGUAAAAGCAAAAGCAAGCUGUGUGUUGCUUUAGAAGUGGGGGGGGGGGGGCGGUUCCUAACUUGACCAGCAGUCCUCCUGGCUUCCAGACCCCAUACCCCCUCCAGUCACUCCACGUCAAUAUCCCAUGUAGAAGAAUGGAGUUGUUCAAGGGCAAGACUACUUAGUUUGCAGCACUAGAGUCUAAAAAGGAAAACCCUAAAAACAUAUUAAGUUGCUCUGUAUCAGUAUUAUUUCCUGUAGGAUCAUACUGCCAGAAUCUGCAUGAACUAUAUACAGGGUUUUGUCAAAUAGGAGAGGACCCCCUUGGCCAUGAGGAGCAUCUCCCCCAUGUCAUUCAGAUAAACAGUAGUAGCUAUGAGGCCCUCCAUGGCUAAUUACCUUAAGACAAAGUGUUUCUAAGCAGAAAGAUCAUCUUUGCAUUUUACCAUCUCAUGUAAACAAUCUAUGGAUGACAAGAAAACAGAAGGUUCCCUGAACCUCUUUCCUCUGAUUUUGUUCUAAUCAUUAUAUGAAAGUCUAAGAUCAGCCCCUUGGUAAUUUUAUGCCAAUAAAAAAGAGCCAUGUGAUCCCACUUGCAGAAUUUAAUCCUAAAGAUAAUCAUAUCACAAACAGGAUAAAAAUAAUAGCAGCAAACCAAGAAUAGAAAUCAAGCACCUGUGGGGGACAGACAUGAUAAAAAAAAAUUCUGAUUUUCAUUUGUGCUAAGUGACCACAAUAUACCAGGUAAUAAGGAAACUUGGCAUAGGUUAAAUUAUGUAUUUCAGUUCAGACUGUAAAAUUCAGUAAAAUGCAUUUUAAGUUCUUAAGUGUAUAUUUUUUUCUCCUACCUUUCUCCAACUAGAAAAUUUGUUGACGGUCAUGAGAAAAAGUUUUAAUUCUGGAAAAAAAAAACCUUUACAUUAAAAUCUGAUAAACUUUGAUUUUAGAAAUUGAGAUUCUUUCUAAUCUUUAUAUAUAAUAUUUUCUAGACAAUCACACCUUUCAGGAUAUAUUCUUCAGAAGAUUUUUAAGAAUUAAAAUGAUCUCAAAAUGUUUAGCACUCAGUGGUAUUUAUUAUCUGUUCAGUAAGUCAUAAAAGUUCAAUCCUAACCUACCAGAUAUGAAAAAGGUUGUCAAAAGCCCUUAUGGUGGCAUCUCUGUAGGUGGAAACUUGGUAUGAGGUUUUUUAAUUAUUUUUCCCCCAAGGGAUAGAUCUUAUAAACUUGAAUUGGCUUUAACUUCCUUUAGGUCUGUUUCCUUUGGAUGGUUUUCAUUGUAUAUCCAUCGACCAUAGACCAAAGAUUGUUAAAGUUUAACUCUAGAGCAGGGGUCAGCAAAUUGUGGUCCCUAGACCAAUCCUGGCUCAUCGCCAAGUCUUUGUAAAUAAAGUUUCCUUGUAACACA